CAGGAAGACAAGUGUCCCACCUGAACUGACCUGAUGCAGGUCGCUUUUCUGAAAUAAAUCGAGUUUCUGCGACUUUCAAGCUUAAAAUAUUGAACACUGAGUAUUGAAUAACCAGACAGCUUUCAUAAAGAAGAUUAACAAUCGCAGCAGCAUAUCACUUUCAUUUCCGGGUUUUACGAAGGACGAAAAAGUGUCCAGCAGCAGGCAGGAUGUCUGUGACUAUGACCAAGGCUGAGGGGGUCACUGUGUUCACUUUGACCUCGGACCCCCAAAGUGCUUGGCCUCCUCUGUGCCAGAUCUUCAAGGGUCUUUGCUACAGUCCAGUUUGCUGCUCGGUGUCUCAGCAGCUGAGGAGGAUCCAGAGAACUUCUCAGUCAGUGCUGGGGGCUCUGCAGAUUAUGGUUGGGCUGCUCAAUCUUGGCCUUGGAGCCGUCCUCCUCGGCUCUGGCUCUGGUUCUGGGUGGCAAAUGGAUGUUACCAUGUUUCCUAUUUGGUUGGGAGCGUUGUUCAUUGUGUUUGGCAUCAUGUGUAUUUUGUCUGAGAAGUACCCCAGUCCAUGUUUGGUCAUCCUCACCCUGGUUCUGAAUCUGGCAGGAGUUGCUUUUGCCAUUACAGCCAUUGUUAUGUACAGCAUCAAUGUAGCGGACACAUAUAUGGGGGGGUGGUAUUGGUAUUGUGACCAUAAUGAUUAUGACUACUACGGGUACAGAAGACAUCAUACUACAACAACUCCAUCUCCUGAGAGGGAUGUCUUGCAGGAGAAGUGCUUGGAGGCCAGAGAACUGGCUCAGAUGCUGGUGUUGGGAAUAAACAUUGUCCUGAUCGUCUUGUCAGUCCUGGAGCUCUGUGUCGUCAUCAGCUCUGUUGUGUUGGGGAUCAAGGCUCUGAGGAGCAGACAGAAGGAAUCAAACGAGGUCGAAGCGCUGAAGAGCCAGAAUCCUUCAAACCACUGCUGGAUGAAGUCACCACUGAUCCUGGAGCCUGAAUGUCAGCAGGAACUGUGAUCCUGCAGCUUUAAACCACUGACUCUCUGUGCUGCAGCGUCAGUGAAGCACACAAAUUCAGAUGGUACAGUCUUCACAUUCUGGCACUAUGCUGAGCUUUGCUUAAAAAUAAAUGCACUUCUACUGUAUCAUCUCUUUAUGUCAGUGAUCUGCACUAAACUGAAUAUGCUGCUGUUCAUUUUAAUCUUUGUUUUGGUCUUUUUAAGUAAUGAUUUUUCUAUGGAGGGAUGUGCCUUACAGUCUAGAUGUUUGUUGCUAGGAAGGAGUUUGUAGACGUUCAUGUGGUAUUACUAUUAUACCCAUUAUUACUGGGUGUCUUGUUACUUUUUUUUUUUUUUUUUUUUAAAACAAUAUUCUGCAUGCCAGUGAAAAUAAAGGUGUAAAAGCUG